AUGCAGCAGCAGCAAGAUGGACUUCCUCCUGCUUUCGUCUAUGACCCAGCACCAGAGUCUCCCGAGGGCAGGAGCGAGCACACCAUCGACCCGUCUUUGUUAGCUUCGCCAGCUCGCAGCACGCGCACGAACAAUAGCUCUACUUCUAGCACAGAGCGUGGAGAAUGGUCCGAUGGGGAUGGCGAUGACAGUGCGCUCGAUCUGCUGGUGGACGCGCACGAUCGGAGCAACAAUAGCAGUGGGAUAAGCCAAGCGGAUCACCAAGACGGAUCAGAAGAUGGUCCAAUCACUUCGGAUCUGAGUGGAGAACAUAAUGAGGAGCAGGGUGCAUUUUCGGAUGCUACGCCAGUACCGGAUAGCUCGGGUGCUUUCGAUGCUCCAGAUCGGGCAGAGUUGGAGCGUACCUCCCAACACAAGCACCGACCUUCGCAUCACGACGCCUCUUUCGGAUUAGAUCCCGAUGCAGAUCUGAAUCAUGCCAUUUCUGGAAGACCCUUGUUCGGCAUGUCUGCCGGUCACCACACUCAUCAUCAUCCUCAUCACCAGCACCACAGCCAUCGCGAGCACGAAGGUUCCUCACGUGGCGGAGGAGGGCAAUCCAGCUCGGCUGCCAAAGAGCUCGACCGAGGUCGGACAAACUACAGUUCACGCUCUGGACCAUUCACGACUCCUCACUCUUCAGGUUUGCCAGACACCGUGCCUACAGCUUCGGCCACCGGCAUGCCGCGCAUUCUUCCACGUCGGUAUAGUCGAUCACGUUCCCCGACCGGCUCUGUUCAUUCCUCCAAUGCACCUCCGCCAAAAGAGAUGAGAGUGCAGAGUCCGUCGGGAGAUGCUGCAGGCGGCGUGCACGAUGCAGGAGGAGCUCAGUUCAACGUCCCAUCGGGCUCAUUGACUUUGGCAGCUUUUGCACCGGGAUUGAAGUGGCGCAGAAGAUUGGCUCUGCUCAGCGCUACGAUCGGAAUCAACUUGGGCUUGCCGUUCCUCAAUGGCGUCAUGUUGGGCUUUGGAGAAAUCUUCGCGAGAGCGGUCUUGGCGCCCAUGCUCGGAUUGAGCUUGGGCGCCGUCGGGGUUGGCAGCAUGGCGCACAGGGAGGAGCUGGAAAGACUGAGGGGGAGAGGAAGAGCGAGCAAUGCGAGAGUUGGACUGAGCGGCGCUGCCGGGUCAAACGCUGGCAUUGGACAGAAGGACGGGAAUACCAGGUGGGCUCAAGGGGCUGAAGGAGUGGAUUUGGACGGUUGGGCUCUUGAAGCUGAUGACGAGACGAAGAAGAGCAAGAGGCGCUAG